CACCCCCGGUUCCUUUUCUUGGUCAAAUCACUGCCACCGGAUCGGAAUUAACAGUGACCAUAACGAUAAUUACAACAGCUAACCAGGGAUAAUAUCUUCGUGUGUCUUGUAUAUACUACCUUCCCCUCUCCCUUCCACAUCAUCGCUAUCAUCAUCUCCGACAUCAUUAGCUUCGCUUGGCUAGGCUAACCCCUCGCAGUCCUCUGUUUUUUUUUAACAAAUCCACCGCCCCUGUUUUCUUCUCCAUUCGCGGCUUAAAAUAUUUGCUUGGCUGAGCUCCUCUGUUUGAAUAGAGCGGUUUCGAUUUUGUCUGGGUUUAAAGGAAAAGAUGGGAGCGGUUUGUUCGGGAGGUACGGAGAAGCACCCGACAGAAUCGUCAGGGACCAAGAGUUCAGGAUUUUCUGGGAAGCUCAAGUCAAAAGCCAGCUUUACCAAGUCAAGAGAGGUCUCUCAUUCGAAUCAUAAGGGCAGUGAUUUUAGGACGACGCCACCAAAGUUCGAUUCCGGCGAGUUGCUCUCCUUCUCUAGAGAAUUGAAGCCGUCAAAGCCAUCGACUCCUGCUAGAAAAGGACUCAGCAAGGUUACACCGAAAAAUUCAUUCAUAGGAAAAGCUGGCAUGAUGGGUUUGGAGAGGGCAGUAGAUGUUCUCGAUACACUCGGAAGCAGCGUGUCAAAUCUGCAUUCCAGUAGUGGCUUCUCUGGGAUGGCUUCCCGGGGAAAUAAGAUUUCUAUACUGGCAUUUGAAGUAGCUAAUACAAUAGUCAAAGGUGCAAACUUACUGCAAUCUGUGUCAGAAGAAAAUAUCCAGUUCUUGAAGAAGGAGAUUUUACACUCUGAAGGGGUGCAGCAACUAGUUUCGAGAGACAUGAAAGAGUUGCUAAGUAUCGCUGCUGCUGAUAAAAGGGAGGAACUCGAUGUCUUUUCACGGGAAGUAAUUAGGUUCGGAGAUUUAUGCAAAGAUCCGCAAUGGCACAACCUGGGUCGACACUUCUCAAGACUAGGCGUGGAAGACUUGGGCAACGAAAUUCUAGGAUCUGAAGCAGAAAUGAUAAUGCAAGAAUUGAGUACUCUGGCCCAGCAUACCUCUGAACUGUACCAUGAAUUGCAGGCUUUGGAUCGAUUCGACCAAGACUAUAGGCAAAAGCUUGAGGAAGUGGAGUCUUUGAAUCUCCCUCGUAAAGGAGAAGGUAUCUCGAUGUUGCACAGUGAGCUAAAACAUCAAAAAAAGCUUGUAAAGAGUUUGAAAAAGAAAUCUCUCUGGUCUAGAAGCUUGGAGGAGAUCAUUGAGAAGCUUGUUGAUAUUGUUACCUACAUACAUCAAGCAAUUUGUGAAGCUUUUGGAGAUAAUGGUUCAACAUCAGUCUCGAAGGAUGCUAACAAAAACAAUGACAAUCCCCAAAGGUUGGGUGUAGCUAGCCUUGCAUUACACUAUGCCAACCUAAUAAAUCAGAUAGAUACAAUUGCAUCCCGUCCAUCAUCCCUCCCUCCCAACACGAGGGACACGUUAUAUCAUGGAUUGCCUCCUGGUGUUAAGAAAGCUCUACACAGACAACUGCAGAAUGCUGAUACCAAAGAAGAGCUGUCAGUAUCUCAGGUGAAGGCCGAGAUGGAGAAGUCUCUUCAAUGGCUUGUUCCCAUCGCGACAAAUACUAUUAAAGCUCAUCAAGGUUUUGGCUGGGUUGGAGAAUGGGCAAACAAUGGAAAUGAGUUUGGCAAGACCACAUCUACAAGCAACAGUCUGAUUCGCCUCCAAACCCUCUAUCAUGCGGAUAAGCAAAAAGUUGACCUCUACAUCCUCGAGCUGAUCACGUGGCUUCAUCGCUUGGUUGCUCUUGUUCGACACCGGGACCACCUAAUCUUCAAGUCUCUGCCGUUUCAAUCUUCAAAUCUCAAGGACCAGGGUUUUCAUCCCAGGAUACAGCAAUCCUCACCGUUGAACUCCGGAGUCAAGCUGAGGCCAAUGCUACUUUCGCCAGAAGAUAGGAAACUCUUAAACCAGGUGUGCUGUAGGAGAAUGGUCCCAGGAAUCAGCAAGAGUCAAGAAUUUUCACUCUCUAGGAAGAGGAACAGCAAACUCUGGGCUCUGAGCAAGAGUACUGGAAGCUCGCCGAUGUGGGAACACCGAAAUUCUAGUCUUUUGGAUGUAAUAGAUGGGUUAGAGUAGAAAAAUGAGUUCCCUUGAUUUAUUUGUUUUUCAUUCAAUCUAUAGUAUCAACUAUAUGAUACAUAGCUCUUAUAUGUGUAUCGAUGUAUAUGUCCAUCAAAUCAUAUAGAUCGCCACUAUACCUUGUAUAUCACCAACAAUGGCGUUUCUCUACUGAUAACCGAAAAGUGGCUGGUGAAACUUUUCUUUGAUUUUUUGUGAGAGGAAAUCAGAAAGGGGCAAGCGUGUUAAAACCCU